AUGGCGCCUUUGCUCUGUUCAGUAAAUGAUCUGUAUCCUUCUUUGAUAACAUCAGCAAUCAAAAUCAGGGUGGUACGUGCAUACGGUCUUCUUUUUAAUGGUGAUUCACAGCAUAUGAUGAGCUUUGAAUGCAUUCUUCAAGACGAAGAGGGUGUGAAGAUUCAUGCUUCGUUCGCACAUAACUUGGAUGGUAGUGCUGCAUCGAAAAUCAAGGAGGGUUGUUGUUACGUUUUCUACAAAUUCUACAUGCGGCCCAACCACAUGCGUUUCAAAACCACAGAUCAUGAAUUUCGUAUUGUAAUGACACAAAAGAGCCAGAUCUUUGAGAUUACGGCUGAUGAUUUUCCUAAUGAGAUGUUUUCAUUUAGGACAUUUGCAGAAAUUGCAGGAAUAGAAAGUGUUGGGGAUGCUGCACUAUUUGAUGUCAUUGGGGUUAUUGUAGAAAGUGGAGGUGUGAUCAAUCAACCUAAUCGAAAGAUGCUGGAGAUAAAAAUUGAGGAUGAAAACCAUGAUUCUGUUGUUUGUACUUUGUGGGAAGAAUAUGUUGAUGAAUUUUUAAGUCAAAUUGAUCCAAAUGUGAAACAAAUUCCGAUAGUGCUGAUUCAAUACUGCAGGCCAAUCUCAUACGAGGGGGAGAUAAGAAUCUCUACUUCUUUCAAUGUUUCAAGGAAACAUAUUGUUGUUGUUGUUGUAUGUGUUAGAAUUUUUGGCAACAUUCGAUUCUUCGAAACUGCAAACCUAACAUUCAACCAUGUAUCGAGAAGGAUGGUUGAUGAGACAGAAAAUUUGGAGGUGAAGUCAAUUGAAGAUGUGUUUUGCUUGGAGGUAUUCAUUCUUAAAAUCUAA